AUGGGGAACCGGGGGAUGGAGGAUCUGAUUCCUCUGGUGAACCGAAUGCAGGAUGCUUUCUCCGCCAUAGGGCAAAACGCAAACCUGGACCUGCCGCAGAUCGCCGUGGUGGGCGGCCAGAGCGCGGGGAAGAGCUCGGUGCUGGAGAACUUCGUCGGGAAGGAUUUUCUUCCCCGUGGUUCUGGCAUCGUCACCCGUCGUCCCUUGGUUCUGCAGCUGAUGAACAGCCCCACAGAACACGCUGAGUUCCUCCACUGUAAGGGGAAAAAGUUUACAGAUUUUGAUGAAGUCCGGCAGGAAAUAGAGGCAGAGACCGACCGUAUCACAGGGGCCAAUAAGGGCAUCUCCUCUGUGCCCAUUAAUCUGCGCGUAUACUCGCCUCAUGUGCUGAACCUGACCCUGGUUGACCUGCCAGGAAUGACUAAGGUUCCGGUGGGCGACCAGCCUGCAGACAUUGAGUCCCAGAUCAGGGAAAUGCUGAUGCAGUUUGUCACCAAGGAGAACUGCCUUAUGCUGGCCGUGUCCCCGGCCAAUUCAGAUUUAGCCAAUUCUGAUGCUUUAAAGAUUGCCAAAGAGGUCGACCCUCAGGGUAUGAGAACCAUCGGUGUGAUCACCAAGCUGGACCUGAUGGAUGAAGGAACAGAUGCGAAAGACAUCCUGGAGAACAAGCUGCUACCACUCAGGAGGGGUUACGUUGGCGUGGUGAACAGAAGCCAGAAGGACAUAGAUGGAAAGAAGGACAUUAAUGCUGCUAUGGCUGCUGAGAGGAAGUUCUUCCUCUCCCACCCUGCUUAUAGACACCUGGCUGACCGUAUGGGAACGCCCUACCUCCAGAAGAUCCUCAAUCAGCAACUGACCAACCAUAUUCGGGACACCCUGCCGGCCCUGCGGGCCAAGCUGCAGAGUCAGCUCCUUUCCAUAGAGAAAGAGGUAGAGGAGUACAAAAACUUCAGACCAGAUGAUCCAUCUCGCAAAACCAAGGCUCUCCUGCAAAUGGUGCAGCAGUUUUCUGUGGACUUUGAAAAGUGCAUCGAGGGCUCUGGGGACCAGAUCGAUACAGCUGAGCUGUCAGGUGGUGCCAGGAUCAAUCGCAUCUUCCAUGAACGAUUCCCAUUUGAACUGGUCAAGAUGGAGUUCGAUGAGAAGGAACUCCGCAAGGAGAUUAGCUACGCUAUCAAGAACAUUCACGGCAUCAGAACUGGCCUCUUCACCCCGGACAUGGCAUUUGAGACCAUUGUGAAAAGGCAGAUUGGGAAGAUUAAAGAGCCUUGCACCAAAUGUGUGGAUAUGGUCAUUUCUGAGCUAGUCAAUACGGUUAGGCAGUGUACCAAGAAGCCCUUGUUGUUGAGGGGGGCCCUGGAGUGGGAGGGUGGGCUGCAGUUCACCUGCCUGCCUCUUUCCGCCUGUUGUGCUGCUUUGGACGGGACGGGGCUAUUCACCCCUGACCUGGCCUUUGAGGCCAUAGUGAAAAAGCAGAUCCAAAAGCUGAAGGAGCCCACACUGAAGUGUAUAGAUAUGGUAGUGAGUGAACUCACCUUCACCAUACAGAAGUGUAGUCACAAGCUUGCUCAGUAUCCCAUGCUGAGAGAGGAGAUGGAGAGAAUUGUCACUCAGCACAUCAGGGACAGAGAAAACCGCACCAAGGGUCAGGUGCUGCUUUUGAUAGACAUUGAGUUGUCCUACAUGAACACCAACCAUGAGGACUUCAUUGGAUUUGCCAACGCUCAGCAGAGGAUCAACCAAAUGAACAAGAAGAAGGCAGCUGGCAAUCAGGAUGAAAUCAUGGUGAUCAGAAAAGGGUGGCUGACCAUCAACAACAUUGGCAUCAUGAAGGGAGGGGCCAAGGAGUACUGGUUUGUCCUCACUGCCGAAUCCUUGUCCUGGUACAAGGAUGACGAGGAGAAGGAGAAGAAGUACAUGCUGCAGGUGGAUAACCUGAAGCUGCGGGAUGUGGAGAAGGGCUUCAUGUCCAGCAAGCAUAUUUUCGCCCUCUUCAACACGGAACAAAGAAAUGUGUAUAAGGACUACCGUCAGCUGGAGUUGGCUUGUGAGAGUCAGGAAGAUAUUGAUGCAUGGAAGGCCUCCUUCCUCAGAGCUGGAGUUUAUCCUGAACGUGUCACGGAGAAGGAGGGAAAGAGCGAUGGUGGGGAUGAAAACGGCUCCGAUAACUUCAUGCACAGCAUGGACCCUCAGCUGGAGCGGCAGGUGGAGACCAUUCGCAACCUGGUGGACUCCUACAUGGCCAUCGUUAACAAGACCGUGCGUGACCUGAUGCCCAAGACCAUCAUGCAUCUCAUGAUUAACAACACGAAGGAGUUCAUCAACGCCGAGCUGCUGGCCCAGCUGUACUCGUGCGGCGACCAGAACUGUCUGAUGGAGGAGUCUCAGGAGCAGGCGCAGCACCGCGACGAGAUGCUGCGCAUGUACCACGCCCUGCGCGAGGCCCUCAGCAUCAUCGGCGACAUCAGCACCACCACCGUGACCACUGCCAUGCCCCCGCCUGUGGACGACUCCUGGCUGCAGGUGCAGCGGAGUGGCUCUGGAGGGAGGUCUCCAGCCACCAGUCCGACUCCAAACCGGCGGGCUCCGCCGGGACCACCGGGUCGCCCAGUCUCCCGUGGACCUCCACCCGGACCUCCUCCUGCUGGGGGACCGCCUGUUCCGUCUCGCCCUGGAGCUUCUCCCGACCCCCACGGUGGGCCCCCGCCCAAUGUGCCCUCUCGCCCAAACCGUGCGCCCCCAAGUGUGCCCAGUCGGAGACCCCCACCUUCUCCAACUCACUAG